AUGCCGUCGAUACUCACUCGGCGGUCUCGAUCCGCGAACUCUGACGAUGAGGAGUCCCUUCCCCGAGCACAAACUCCGUCAUCCGUGGCUCCCCAUGACAGCAAGCGUGCGCGUCGAGAUGGAGCGGGAGGAAUUGAAUCUCCAGAAGGAACUCGACGAUCAAGUGCGCAUGGACUGCAAAAGAGACCGAGAGUGCGGAAAGCUGUUGCACGGCAGCAAGUCAAUGGCGACGCGAAGCUUGUCAUUAGGCAACAUCAGCCCGGUGCGAUCGUUCGGGUCAAGCUCCACAACUUCGUCACCUACAGCUCUGUCGAAUUCUUUCCCGGCCCAAAUUUGAAUAUGGUCAUUGGCCCGAACGGAUCUGGAAAGAGUACACUUGUUUGUGCAAUUUGCCUUGGGUUAGGAUGGGGUUCACAGCACCUGGGCCGCGCACGAGAUGUAUCCGAGUUUGUCAAGGCCGGGUGUCGAGAAGCCACCAUUGAGAUCGAGCUCCAAAAGGACCACCGCACCCGACGGAACCCAAUCAUCACCCGCAUUAUAAAAAAGGAGGGCAACAAGUCUAUCUAUACAUUGAACAACAACCCGGUAUCGGGGAAGGGUGUGCAGGAGCUUGCUCGGUCAAUGAAUAUUCAAAUCGACAAUCUGUGUCAAUUUCUGCCUCAGGAUAAAGUUGUUGAGUUCGCAGCCAUGACACCCGUCGAGCUUUUGCAAUCAACACAGAGAGCUGCAGCUGUCCCAGAAAUGUUAGAGUUUCAUGACAGUCUGAAGAAGUGGAGAGCUCAUCAGAAAGAGCUCCUGACUACCAGCAAAGGCGAUCGCGAGGUGCUUAAGAAUCUGGAAAGCCGGCAAGAAAUGCAGAAAGACGAUGUCGAGCGACUGAAGCAAAGAGAUGAAAUCAAGCGAAAGGUAGCAUGGAUGGAGAAAUGUCGUCCUAUACCCAGAUAUCAAGAUGCAAAGGCGAAAGCUAUUGCUGCAAAAGAGCGGAAGAAGAUCCUUACAGCAGAGCUAAGAAGCUUGACUGCGGAACUGGCACCAGCUUUGAGAAGAGUCAACGAGAGACAGAAUUACGAAAUCCAGGUCCGAAAGGCACUACAGCAUGGAAAAGAGAUAUCAGAAAAAGCUGAUCGGUCUGCCGAAAACGUCCUGCAGAAAGUGAUGGACCUCGAGCAGAAAUUGAAGGAUUUCGAUGGCAUGUCCGAGGCAGAAAUAAGGAGCAUCAAGAGCAAGAGGGAGGACAAGAACCGGAUACAAGGUAUUAUUGCAAGGAUCAAGAAACAGAUGGGGGAGGAGCCAGAACCAUUUGACCACAGGGCUGUAAAUGACAAGAUGGCCCAGCUCAACAGUCGUCGCCGGCAGAUAACUGACACUGCUCAAGAAAUCAACGAACAGAUCAUGGACUUGAAACGUCGGGGCCAGGCCAAGCUCAACGAGAAAGUAGCCGAUCAAGAACGCCUGGCAGGUCUGGAUACUCAAAGCGGGCAACAGGAACAUAAACUCCAGCAGCUAUCGAGGGAUUCCUAUCAAGCUUGGAGAUGGAUUCAAGAGCACCAGGAUCAAUUCGAGCACAAGGUCUAUGGCCCCCCUUUGAUUGAAUGCUCCUUGAAAGAUUCAAGAUACGCCAACGCGAUUGAAUCACUCUUCCAAGAGAAUGACUUCAAAGCCUUCACUGCGCAGAGUCGUAACGACUUCUAUACAUUGCAGAGGGUGCUCAAUCGAGAAAUGAGAUUGCAAGAUGUGAGCUUGAGGGUAUGUUCAAACAGCUCUAUGGAUCAGUACCCUGCACCACUUUCGGAUGCAGACUUACGCGGUUGUGGAAUGGAUGGCUGGGCAAUUGACUUCCUCGAUGGCCCUGCUGUUGUUCUUUCGAUGCUCUGUGGAGAAAAGUCACUACAUGCUACCGCCAUCACACUGCUCGACAUCUCCCAAGAACAGUUCAACCAGCUCGAAAAUAGCAACGUCAGAAGCUGGGUCGUGAAUGGUACGCUCUUCCAGGCCGUUCGACGGAGGGAGUACGGCGCGGCAGGUAAUUCGACCCGCACUCGAACUUUGAGAGAAGCACGGAUCUGGACCAACCGUCCUGUUGACCCUGCUGCUAAGGACCGAUUGCAGCAGCGCAUACGAGAGAUUGAAUCGGAUAUCGCCACAAUCAAAGAAGAGAUGGUCAAUCUGACAGAAAGGAGACGCGAGCUAGCCACAGAAAACAAGGCGAUAUUAGAAGAAACGGAGGCGUUGAGGACUGACAAGGAAGCUAAACAGAGGGCGCUUACGAUUUUCAAGGCCCUACCAACCAAACUCACCCAAGAAGAACAAAAACUUGCGACUAUUGACGAGCACUUGGAAGGAGUCCGCAGACGUCUUGAUAAUAUCCAGAAAGAUCGGGACAAGGUUCUUCUAGAGAAGGUGGACACGACAAUCAAGUAUGCUGAAGCAGUGGCAGAGUUUCGAAAGACACACGACGCUCUACUCGAACUGGAAAUGCAGCAUAUUGAAGCAAAGUCCGACUUUGAGACUUUGAAGUCACGGAACGAACAUGUCCAGGCCACCUUGGAAGCCAAGCAGGAUGAAGAGAAGGCCGCUGUUGAAGAGUCUACACGGCAAUCUGCGAUAGCCAAGGAAUUCAUCAUUCAUGUCAAAAAGCUUGCCGCAGAGGCUGAAGAACUCGCUGAAGCCGGUGACACCCUUUGGAAGGAUUAUCUGUCUGAAUAUGGAAGAAAGUCUGGCGACGAGCUGGAAGCAGAUAUUGAAAGUGAGAAAGCUAGAUUGGACCUGACUCAUGAAGGCAACUCAAACAUACUCAAAGAAUUUGAGGAUAGACAGCAACGUAUCGACAAGCUCAGACAAGGCUUGGAAAAGUUCGUGCAACAGAAAGAAGAAGUCCAGUCAGCAAUCGAAGAAAUCCGAGAGAAAUGGGAGCCCGAACUUGACGCCCUCGUCGCCAAGAUCAGCGAUGCCUUCUCCGACUCCUUCGCCCGCAUCGGUUGCGCCGGCCAAGUCGCCGUUUACAAAGCAUCGAGCUCAGACCAUGAAGACAACGGCGACCAACCCGCCGGCUCUGACGGGCUCGACUUCGCCAACUGGGCCAUCCACAUCUCCGUCAAAUUCCGCGACUCGGAACCGCUUUCCCUGCUAGAUUCGCACCGCCAAUCCGGUGGCGAACGAGCCGUCUCCACCAUCUUUUAUCUCAUGGCCUUGCAAUCGCUGUCCCGAGCGCCUUUCCGCGUCGUGGACGAGAUCAACCAGGGAAUGGAUCCGCGGAACGAAAGGAUGGUGCACGGUCGCAUGGUGGAUAUCGCCUGUGGUGAAGACGACAGCAAUGGAGAUAAAGGACCUGGGAGCCAGUACUUCCUCAUCACGCCCAAGUUGUUGAGUGGGCUGAAGUAUAAGCGCGGGAUGAGGGUGCUGAAUAUUGUGAGUGGAGAGAAGAUGCCUGCCUAUGGUGUGGGAGAGCAUAGGGUGGACUUUGCCGCGUGGGUUAGGAGGGCGAGGGAGUUGGGGUUGGGGAAGAUGAUGGGUGGGAUUGGAAGAGGUGUAGGUGUAGAGGAGAGGAGGCUGGAUUUGGGGAUGCAUUUGAAUGGUAAUCUUGGAGGGGCUAGUCAUGGGCGGACAGACAUUGGUGAUGGCACCAGUGACGAGGAGCAGAUGGACAGCGUCAGAAGCCAAAGUCGGCUUGCUGAGGUUGGGGCUUGA